AGAGUGGAGAGGGCCGGAAAGCUUCCUUCAGGAGCCAACAUGAAUGAAUUUGCUGGAUUUGCCCCCAACCCCAGUAGCCCCACGAAGGCGCCCAUGGAGCCCACACCCAGUGGGGCCUUGCUCCAGGAAGAUGUCGACAUGAGCAGUGGCUCAAGCGGAAAUGAGACCAACGAGAACUGCUCCACAGGGCGGGACUCGCAGGGCAGUGACUGUGACGACAGUGGCAAGGAGCUGGGGAUGCUGGUGGAGCCAUCCGAUUCUCAAGAGAGUCCAAGUGCCUACAGCCUGAUGCUGGCGAAGUCUGAACACAACCCAUCUACAAGCGGCUGCAGUAGUGAGCAGUCUGCCAAAGCCAACACUCACAAGGAACUGAUCAGAACGCUCAAGGAGCUGAAGGUCCACCUCCCCACAGACAAGAAGGCCAAGGGGAAAGCCAGCACGUUGGCGACCUUGAAGUACGCCCUGAGGAGCGUGAAGCAGGUGAAAGCCAACGAGGAGUAUUACCAGCUGCUCAUGUCCAGCGAGAAGCACAGCUGCGGCCCGGACGUGCCCUCCUACACCAUAGAGGAGAUCCAGAGCGCCACCUCCGAGGUCAUUAUGAAGAGCACGGACAUGUUUGCUGCGGCUGUGUCCCUGGUCACAGGGAAAACCCUGUACAUCUCCAACCAGGUGGCCUCCAUCUUCCACUGUAAGAGAGACACCUUUCACGAUGCCAAGUUCGUGGAGUUCUUGGCGCCCCAUGACGUUAGCGUGUUCCACAGCUCCACCACGCCUUACAAGCUUCCUCCGUGGAGUGUCUGCAGUGGGACAGAUUCUUUCACUCAAGAAUGCAUGGAGGAGAAGUCUUUCUUCUGCCGUGUCAGCUUCGGGAAGAACCAUGAAGAUGAGAUCCACUACCACCCGUUCCGUAUGACGCCUUACCUGGUCAAGGUGCCGGAGCAGCAGGGCGCUGAGAGCCAGCUGUGCUGCGUGCUGCUGGCAGAGAGGGUGCACUCCGGCUACGAAGCCCCUAGAAUUCCUCCGGAAAAGAGAAUUUUUACGACCACACAUACACCCAAUUGUUUGUUCCAGGACGUAGAUGAAAGAGCGGUCCCGCUCCUGGGCUACCUACCUCAGGACCUGAUCGAGACCCCCGUGCUUCUGAAGCUUCACCCCAGUGACCGGCCCUUGAUGCUUGCCAUCCACAAAAAGAUCCUGCAGUCUGGCGGGCAGCCCUUCGACUAUUCUCCCCUGCGGUUCCGCACCCGGAAUGGGGAGUACAUCACAUUGGACACCAGCUGGUCCAGCUUCAUCAACCCCUGGAGCAGGAAGAUCUCCUUCAUCAUCGGGCGGCACAGAGUCCGAGUGGGCCCUUUGAAUGAGGAUGUGUUCGCUCAGCCAUGCGCAGAGGAGCAGCAGGCCCUGCACCCCAGCAUCCAGGAGCUCACGGAACAGAUCCACCGGCUGCUGCUGCAGCCCGUCACGCACAGUGGUUCCAGCGGCUAUGGGAGCCUGGGCAGCAAUGGGUCCCACGAACACCUCAUGAGCCAGACCUCCUCCAGUGACAGCAAUGGCCAGGAGGACGCCCGCAGGAGGAGAGCAGAAAAUUCUAAAAAUGCUAACAAGGUCAAAACCAAAAGUCAUUAUUCUGAUGAAUCUGGAGAACAGAAGAGAAAAUCUGCUACAGAAACGCAAAGUAGUUCUCCUGCUCAGACGACAGCUGUCCCGGCCGCAGAGGACAGCUCCGGUGCCAGCCCACCCACUGCCACCUUUCCAGAGGAGCUGGCCUGCAGGAACCAGCCGGCCGGCUCCUACCAGCAGAUCAGCUGCCUGGACAGUGUCAUCAGGUACUUGGAGAGCUGCAGUGAGGCCACCACCCUGAAGAGAAAGUGUGAAUUCCCCGUGAGUGCUUCCAUGCAGAAGGCCAGUGACAAGCGAAAGGCCACAGGCAGCCCCAGGCCACCUCCUGCAGAGGCAGUGGUGCCCUCUAGAGCAAGCACACAUGCGGACGUCAGCGCGCACUUGACCUCGCUGACGCUGCCCGGCAAGGCGGGGAGCGUGGUGUCUCUUACCAGCCAAUGCAGCUACAGCAGCACCAUCGUGCACGUGGGUGACAAGAAGCCACAACCUGAGCUAGAGACGGUGGAAGACCCUGCAAGUGGACCUGAGUCCCUGGACUGCCUCAUGGGCCCCGCCAUGCCCUGCAGCCUCAGCCAGGAGAAGGAGCCCUUCCGGAGGCUGGGCCUCACCAAGGAAGUGCUGGCCGCCCACACCCAGAAGGAGGAGCAGAGCUUCCUGAUGAAGUUCAAGGAAACGAGGAAACUUAGUGUCCUCCAGUCUCACUGCAGUUAUUACCUACAAGAAAGAUCCAAGGGGCAGUUGAGUGAAAGAGCUGCUCCUGGACUAAGAAACACCUGUGGAAUAGAUUCAGCUUGGAAAAAAACUGGGAAGAACAGAAAACUGAAGUCCAAACGGGUCAAGCCUCGGGACUCCUCCGAGAGCACUGGGUCUGGGGGGCCCGUGCCCCACCGGCCCCCGCUGGUGGGCCUGAAUGCCACAGCCUGGUCACCAUCAGACACAUCCCAGUCCAGCUGCCCCGCGAUGCCCUUCCCUACCCCAGUGCCAGCUUACUCCCUGCCAGUGCUCCCAGCCACAGGAAUUGUACCAGUGCCAGGGGCCGUGGCAGCAGCACCUAUGGAGCCCCACACCAGCUUCACGGUGCCCGCUGUGCCCAUGGACAUCCAGCCCCCACCUUUCACUGCCCCCUUGGCCCCAGUCAUGGCCUUGGUGUUACCCAGCUAUCCCUUCCCCACAGUGACCCCGAACUUGCCCCCGACCUUCUUCCCUGGCCAGAUGAUCCCUGCCUCGCAGCCUGAGUUCCCUGGUCAAACCUCACCCCCCAAGCAGUCGUGUGCUUGUCCUCGGGCAGAGCGUUGGCCACCGGUGUCACGUGUGGCCACCCCAGCUACACCAGUGUCGUCCACCGGGCCAUUGGGUCGGGCCUCCCCACCACUUUUCCAGUCGCGUGGCAGCUCACCCCUGCAGCUCAACCUGCUCCAGCUGGAGGAGGCCCCUGAGGGCAGCACUACAGCUGCAGGGACAGCAGAGACAACAGGUGCUGGGCCGGACUGCAAACCAGGCACAUCCUGGGACUGGCCACCAAAGGCACCGCCGAAUGCAAGGAUCCCCUGCUGCUCUUUCUCUACAGCGGGUGGCCCCGCAGCACCCACGCAAGAUGAGCCCUCAGAUGCCCAGAACAGUGAUGCCCUCUCCACGUCCAGUGACCUGCUUGACCUCUUACUGCGCGAGGACCUCUGCUCAGCUGCAGGGUCAGCCCUGUCUGGAAGUGGGGCCUCUGCCACCUCAGACUCUCUGGGCUCCAGCUCUCUGGGCUGUGAUGCAUCCAGAAUUGGGACAGGCAGUAGUAACACCAGCCACACCAGCAAGUAUUUUGGAAGCAUUGACUCUUCAGAGAAUAAUCACAAAGCCAAAGCGAAGGCAGACAUGGAAGGAAGUGAGCACUUCAUCAAGUAUGUCCUCCAGGACCCCGUCUGGCUGCUGAUGGCUGACACUGACGACAGUGUCAUGAUGACGUACCAGAUGCCUUCCCGAAACGUAGACGCGGUUUUGAAGGAGGACAGAGAGAAGCUGAAGUUGCUGCAGAAACUGCAGCCCCGGUUCACCGAGCGGCAGAAGCAGGAGCUGCAGGAGGUGCACCCAUGGAUGCGGGCGGGCGGACUGCCCACGGCCAUGGAUGUGUCGGAAUGUGUUUACUGUGAAAGCCAAGGAAAAAGCAACUUUUGUGUACCAUAUGAAGAAGACAGUCCUCCUCUGGGACUCAGCGAAUCCACAGACAAAAAAGAAAAGGAAAAUGGACCUCCCCUGAGCCACAAAAACGAAGGGCAGACGUAACUGCCCCCACCCACCCCCGCCCACUCCAACAGCCAAUCUACCUUAGACGGUGAUGGAAGAGGACAGAGCUUCACAAUUUGUUUCUAAGGAAAUGGACAGAUAAAUUUUUGUUGUUUUGUUUUGUUUUAGGGAAAAAAAUCCAUAGUUUUUUGGAGGGUGGGAAGAGUUUGAAAAGAAAUACAUUUUUAUAUUUAAAAUAUAAAUGUGGACUUUAGAGGACAAGAAAGAGACUUAGCUGUGAUAUAACUAAAGAAAGACUGAAUCCCCUGUGUAAGUGUCGGGGAGGCCACCUGAGCGCUCACAGAAGUUCCUGGACCGACUAGACUUCCGGGGGUGUCCAAGGCAGCACACCAGGCUGUGCCCGUGUGUGACUCCAAAUGAGCUGAGGGCCGCCUCCUGUAGCUCUCCAGGGUGUGUGUCUGCGGAUCAAAUUCUGUCCUCUCUUGGAAGCUGCUUUUUAUCUAAAUUAUUAUCUAGUCAAACUAGAUGUUUUUAAAACAUACCAAGUGGAAAUGACAGCCUCUCCUAAUUUUCUUUUUGAAAAUGUUUCGCAUUAAGUGGUGUGAAGCAAACCGGCAGCUUUGGCUUCAGGCACCGUAGUGCCAGAUAUUUCUACCUGAUGUCACUCGAGUUUGGGGUGAACAAAGUUGAAAUGCCUGCUCUGGACUAAGGCCUGGUGAUUUGUGUAACCAACUCCAUCAGAUUAACUCUCACCCAGACCCUUCUGUGAACUGAUGUAGAACAUCAUUCUUGGCUCCUUUUCAGACCAUGACCAGUAUGUACAUCGAAGCACGUUGUCUGUCAUCUCUUCAUGGUGACUUCCCUCUGCAAACCGGGCUUUGAUCCCUGCGUUUGGGACCCAUUCGUGUUCUUCAGUUGACGAGUCCCAGACAUCAGCUCUGGCUCAGGCAGAGCAGCUGCUGAUACUGUGAGCUCACCCCUCCCACCACACCCUGGGCUGGGACAGCCCUUAGUCUCUUCAUGAACCUCACCUCACCUGGUGCAGCUUCCGUCUCUUUGGUGACUUCCCCCAGUUUCUCUGGCACUUUCAGGUCAUUGGGACACUUGGGGAAGAGUGAGACCAGUCUGCCCAACUUUUUGCAAAACCUCAUGUUGCAUCAUAUAUCCCAAAGAUUGUUCGGAAAAAAAUUGUAUUUGUCCCUGGAGUGAAUGAGAAGUUCCCACUGAUGAAGCAGUUGACUUAAAUUGCAUUGAGUCUAUAGAAACUUAAAGGAAGCAGGUUUCUGCUUGUUCUUUGAUGAAGAAGUGAAUACCAGAAUAGUGAAGUCCCCUUUAAUCCAGUUGGUUUUCAUAAUGAAACCAUCCUAUUCUUGAAUAUUAAUCCUAUUUUUUAUUAACUCAAACACAAAACAUUGUCUAACUUUUUAAAUUUUAUUUACAAAGUAAUAUCACCUUCAGGAACCAAGUUGAGGAUGUAGUCUGUGCCUCUGUGUGAUAAUUAGAUGCUACGGACGGCUUCCUGCCUCUGAAGUGAGGUCCUGAAGGGAUUACAUGUGUCUCCUGAACACAAACUGCCAAAACAUUCUCUACUGUUACGAGUGUUACCGCCGGCAUUAUUUCAUUAUUUAAGGCACACCCCCUGGUUGUUGACUGCAUCGCUCCAUUGUGCUGAGAAUGACACAGGAGCAUUUUGUGAAAUUGUUUACACGGUGCCAUGCCUCCAGUCAUGUUUCCUUUAGUGUAUGUGCUGACACAGGUGUCAGGAAAACCUUUCCUCAAAUUUAAACUGAGCCUUCUUUUUAAUAUAUUUCUAAAAUAUGUGUAAAUAAGCUCCCAGAGUCUGUGUGAUGACUUGUUAGCCUUGCCGGACAAGUGAUUGGUUCAUGCCCAAACCAAGCUUUCUCCGCCCAGUGCAAUAUGUUGUUUACUGCUUGUGUCUUUUUAUGACUUUUUUGCCUUUUAGAAAAUUGGUAAAUAAAGCAAGUAUAUUUUUAUUUUUAUUUGUAUGUAUUUUUAAUGUAACACAGAGGCAAAACUGAAUAGAGAUAAAAGAUUAUCAAAAGGUG